GCUUGGAGAACCAGGCGCUUAGGUCUACGGGCGAAGGUCGCUUCCUCCUUCGAUAUCAGACGUACACAGUGAACCCACUACGACGGGACGGUUAUUCUACGGCGGGAAUAUACAGACGAGCCUCUUACAGGCACACAGGAAGCUUCAGAGAAUCCACGACUGUAAUGCUUAAAGAAUAUCUGCCGACAAUCCACCUUAGUGUGAGGAGGAAGGAACGCAAGCCGACCUGCCGCUACCGCUACCGCAUGCAAGCCCCAACCCCAUCCGCCAGAUUUCCCGACCGGCCGUUUUCGAGAAAGGCAGAUGAGGGGAGCAGGCGCGGCAUCUGACUGGCCCGAGCAAAGAGAGCAAAUUGACCCCGUCCGUUCAUGCCGCUGCAACGUUGGAGCGAGCGAUGGAUGGCUGUCACCCACACCACACACCACAAACCACCACCACUGCCUGCAUCAUGCCAUGCAAUGCAGCCUGCAGCGUUGUGCGUAGAUAGAGGGCUUUUCUUUCUCCUUUUUUUUUCUCGUAUUCACACAAGUCACCCGCUUCCUACAUGUGAGCACAGAAGACCCAUGGUCUCGUUGGUGCCUGACCCAAUCUUUGCUUCCUGGCAAUCGGCCACCCAUUUUCUUGUUCCUCUUUUUUUAUCAAUCCAUCCUCCCACCUUUUUAUCUUAGAACGUAUGGCAAUCAUGCCUGUGUCGAUCGCCCGGCUUCCCCCGCGCACGUGGGAUUCGGCAUUGCAUAAGGGAUCGAACACUACUGCAGGCAAUGAAAAAGCUUGUGCUCGACUUAUGCAAGGGGGAUUGAUGGAUAAAACAAGGGGGUGGAAGGAAGAACAAGAUGAAUGGAAAGGCUGGGACGACAGGAGCCCUUACCCCUCGCCUUGCGACAACGCACAAAAGUCGACGGAUGUGUGCUGCCGUUUCCCGCCUGUGCGACUUGGCCACUGACCCGGGCCCCUCGCAUGGCGGAUUGCCUUGUUUUUCCUUGGCCCCCUCGCGGCGUCACACAGCAGUCGGACACGGAGAAAUGAUAUCGCAACGGAAAGGAAAGAGGAGAAAGGCUCGACAAGGCCGGCAGUGCCCUACUCGAGCAGACACAUGCGGGCCCACAGGCUUGGAGACUGAGUCACUUUUGCUGUGCUGCUCUGAUGCAGACCUCGCGGGCUGCCGAGCUGACGUGAGCAAUCAAGUACGCAUCGGAAGGGACGCAAGGCUGGGCAGGCCGAUGGCGUCAUGAUAUAUUGUCUUGAUAAUGCGUUGCAUGCAUCCGCCCGGUAUUUAUCUGAUUAGGAUGCCGAUAACGCGCCUAGGUACGGCACCCCGACUCCCAGGGGGCUACGCUAUCAAAACACCAAGAAACCAGGCAUAGUCCCUCAAUGACGCCUUCUUAGCGCAGUGUCCGCGGCCUCGGAACGCCACGCACCCCGCUCGCGGGUGAGCGCUGCGGUUCAGGUGUCGGCCCACUACCGCCCCCGCGCCUGCUCCCCUCAGGCGGGAGCAACGUCUCUGGAGCGAGGGCAUCAGCCGCCAGGCGCCCAGCAUCACCAAGCCGUGGGUGUCGCAGGCGGCCGACCGGCGCGUCCCGCAUAUCCUGCAUGAUGUUGGCCACCAGCGCACUGACUUCGGUGUUGGGAGAGCCAGGAGAGCCAGGAGUGGCCGUGUUCUCUCCCCUUGACGCGGAGCUGCUCGCGCCGGGGGAGGCUGCCGGGUUGCGCAAUGUCGAUUCCAGCCUUCUUCUGUGCCUGCCGGACACCUGGCGAACCAUGCCAACCGACGCCAGCUCAUUGUUGAUGCCGCCCGGGCUGCGCAUCGCCGAGUCUGCUGUGCGGGGCGAAGUGAUGCGCGCCUGGCCAGCGAUGUGGCUGCGUCUAGUGCCUCGAUGUUCCUCCUCUUCGCUUUCCUGCGCCUCCACCAGGACUUCAGUGGGGUGAGACCGAAUAUUGCUCAAGUCAAGGUUGGCCCCAGCAGCAACGGUAUUAUACCACCUCUCCCAACUGCCAAUGGCGUGUCUCUGGGAGCUCUUCGGCCGCUCGGGUUUCUAGCCCCGCUGCUGGUGCUGUGACUGUGGCGUUCGUGCAAGCGACGAGGGCCCGUCUGCCUGGGUAUUGAUGAGGUCCAUCUGUGCCCGAGCCGUGCGAAUCAGUGCCUUGGCCUCUUCAACCUCGACGCCAUCUUGGCACAGCUCCGUCGCGAGGCGGUGCGCCUCUGCGUAGUCCUCCUGCUCGAGCGCAUGCCGCGCCAGCCACAUGCGAGCUUUGCUGGUCGCUGCAGUCACGCCCGUCCCGCCACCUCCGCCCGUGGCCGUGUGCCGCCUGCCUUCUGCCCGCGCGCCGUCGCCGUCGUCUGACCCUCCGGCCGCAGUGGCGUCGUUGUGAAUGGCGAUUGACUCGCCAAGGCCGUCGCCGUCACCGCCACCACCGUCCUCCUGCGCAACGCACAACUCCAUGUACAUGCGAGCUUCCUCAUAGUCUCCCAGGCUGUCAUACAUGCUCGCAAUCUGCAGCAGCACCUCGGGGUCCAUAUGGACAGCGCCGGCACGGUCAAGACCACCCGCCACACCGAAGCUGCUCCCGCCUCCCGCGGCACUGGCAUUGAGUCCGGAGCCCGAGCCAGAAUCAUACGAGGAAUCGGCGAGCAAUGCACGCUUGAGUGCCUUGAUUCCAUCGCGCUCGCGGCCCAUCUUUUGCAGACAUGACCCAACCGCCAUCCACAUCUUCCCAUCCCAGGGUCUAAGCCCGGCAGCCUUUUUGUAGUACCAGAGCGCAUAUGUGUGCAUCUCGAGCACCUCGUAUGUCUGGCCGAGGCCGUACCACGCUCGAUAAUCACGGCGAUUGACGUCGACAGCGCGACGAUACGACUCGAUAGCGGCGUGUGUGUUUUUGAGCUCGACGUAUUCGUGUCCCAUCAGCGUCCAGGCCGACAAGCAUGAACGAUCCAGCGUAAGCGCGCGCCGGAAGUACUGCACCGCCUUCUCGUGCAUCGAGAGGAGCGAGUAGUAGUUGCCGACCACAACGCACGACUCGGGGCGAAACUUGUCAACCGAUGAGCAGAGAUGGGCCAAGAAUGCCAACUUGGGGCGGUAGUUCAGGACGUAGAGAAUAUUGGAGUAGUGGUCCAAGGAGUCGAGUCGGUGCGGAUGAAGUGCGAGGAGCGUGCUAAAGUGUUGCUCGGCCAGGAUCAGAUCCUUGUUGUGGUACUCCAAAAGCGCCUUGCAGGUAAGCAGAAAUGAAGAGGUUGGGAAAAGCUUUAGCAACUCGUCCAGGGAGUGGGCGAGGUUAGGGCCCUGCUGAUAAAGCUCGAGGGAGGUGUGGAGGUGAAACAUAUAAGACACAAUGUUCUGGGGUAGCUGCGGUGAGAUCUGGUUGAGCUGUUGGAAGCGCGCUUGAUUAGCAAUAAAAAAAGAGACGCCUCUGGGCUGUACGAGAUGGUGGGGGACUUGCAUCUGCGACUCUUGUUAUCAGCGAUGUCAUCUCCAGCCAGCAACCCCAAUUCAUAGGGAAGAGAUGGACACUGCGGAUGAACCACUGCAUCGCCUCGGCCUCGCUUUUGGACUUGGCAAGGACCAUGCCAAACCUGCAACAACACAUGGCAGGUCAGCGAUAGCCCCGUACAUGACCAUCUAGGAACUGAGGGGGAGACCAACAGAUACUCCAGCCACCCCUGGCUGCCAACAACCUCACCGUCCUCGCCGGUCCUUUCAGCGAACCACUGUUCCAGGUAGCCGCUGACGGGAACCAGUUGCUUGUUUACGAUGGAGCCUAGGUCAUGAGGGCCCAUAACCAUCUCCGCGUCUUCGUCCUUGCGCUUUUCACCCGAGAUCAUCUUGGCGUACAAGGCCAGGAACAGGCUCUUUUGGCUGAGCCGGGGCAGUCUGCUGCGCGCCUCUCCCUGGGACUCGGACGCCGGGCUUGUUCCAGAAUGGCCUAUUGCCGCUCCGGGCCGGUCGCCGGCGGGGGCGGCGGCGGCUUUUCCAGCAGCAGUCGUGGGGGCCUCCUCAGGGCGCGGGGUGGUGGGGACGAGCCCGGCGAGCAGCGAGUCUGGCAGGAAGACGGCGGCGCAGCGGUCAAAUUCCUUGCAGUCGAACAGUGACUUGGCGAGCAGGUAGCGGUUCAGCUCGGCGGCCUCGAGGGCGGCCUCGUCAGGAUCCGGGUUGCGGGCGAAGGCGACCGAGAUGAAGCGGUCUUGGGCGGCGUCUUUGGCAUCGACGUCAUCGGCAGGGGUCUCGCGGAUGGCAUUGAGGAGCUCUGCGGCCCUGGGAUGGUGGUGCGCUUCUGUCAGUCUUGCGCAACGCCAGGAAUUCAAGACAUGCUUACCACUUUGCCGACUGAUAGAGGCACCGCUCCGAGCACAUGACCACGGCCUCCUGGAGCGCCUCGCGCAGCUGCAGCGUCUGCACCAUGGCGGGCCGCUCUGGUCGCAACAGCGUUGCGCGAUUGAUGGAGCAGGUUAUGGCAGCAGAAUAGGCACAGAGCGGCUGGCCAGGUGCUGACAGGUAAUUGAUUCCCUGGUCGCUUGCAUGUCGCGACGCGGCGCCUUCUCGUGUGUCAAAAACAAGUCCAAUGUUUGUUUAGCGUCGCCAUUACCAACAGUGGAAUUCGCGAUAAAUCGAAAACAAGCUCCAUCCAGGUCUGGCCUUCCUUUUUCGGCAUAUAGCUUACCUCACCGCCUUUGCCCCUGGUGCUGUCCCUGCCCCGCCAUGGGUGGGGUUCACCCCCUCCGUCCGAAGAUACCUGUAGCUCUGGACAGACACCGAUCAGCCACGCGUUCGUUGACAACCGAGCAGUGGCGCUGAGUAACAUUUUCCCGAGGUUUCUGGCUACGUAGAACCUAGUGCGAGCGCCGGGUCGAUCGCCCGCUUGUUUCGGCGUUUCCGCUGGCCGCUUUCCAGACCCAAAUUCUUCAAAGCGGCAAUAUUUGAUGGACCUCGGAGCUCAGGUUCACAGUGUGGGUGGGCACGUGGGGUAGCAAAUCCCCGCAACCAUGGUGCCGGAGAUUCUACCAAACGGGUCCCUCAACAAGCCAAACGCGGUGCGCGGACAUUGAAUCAAUCACUCUGGGCGUUUCCUGUCCCAACACCCCCAAAUACUCUCCGAUAGCGUGACACCUCGGCCGAAAAAGUCCGCACCAUAACGGUACCAUAACGGCACCAUAUCCCGACAUAUUCUGCUCAGGCUGCUUUCUUUCCCUGGACAAAGUGCAGGCUGCAGGCUUUGAUUCCCACCAUCCUUCUUUCCCACUUCACGGGCACCACCAGCCACCGCUUGCAAACAUGGCCCAGAAGACGACGCUGAAGGAGUUCGAGAGUGUGUGGCCGAAGCUCGAGGAGGUGCUCCUCGACCACGCCAAGUCCUACAAGCUGCCCGAGAAGGAACUGGCAUGGUACAAGAAGAGCCUCGAGGUCAACCCGCUCGGCGGCAAAUGCAACCGCGGCAUGUCAGUACCCGACACGGCCUCGGUGCUCCUCGGUCGCCCACUCUCCGAGGACGAAUACUUCAAGGCGGCGACGCUGGGGUGGACCACGGAGCUGCUACAGGCCUUCUUCCUCGUGUCGGACGAUAUCAUGGACAGCAGCAUCACGCGCCGCGGGCAGCCGUGCUGGUACCGCCAGCCCGACGUCGGCAUGAUCGCCAUCAACGACGCCUUCAUGCUCGAGGCCGCCAUCUUCACGCUCCUCAAGAAGUUCUUCCGCGACCACCCCAACUACGUCGACCUGCUCGAGCUCAUGCACGAGGUCACCUUCCAGACCGAGAUCGGCCAGCUCGUCGACCUACUCACCGCCCCCGAGGACAAGGUCAACCUCGACAACUUCAACAUGACAAAGUAUAGCUUCAUCGUCGUCUACAAGACGGCCUACUACUCCUUCUACCUUCCCGUCGCCCUGGCCCUGUACCAGCUCGGCCUGGGCACGCCCGAGAACCUCAAGACGGCCGAGGACAUCCUGAUCCCCAUGGGCGAGUACUUCCAGGUGCAGGACGACUACCUCGACAACUUUGGCCUGCCCGAGCACAUUGGCAAGAUUGGCACCGACAUCUUGGACAACAAGUGCAGCUGGCUCGUCAACCAGGCCCUGCAGAUCGCGACCCCAGACCAGCGCAAGAUCCUCGAGGACAACUACGGCAAGAAGGACAAGGCCAACGAGGCCGUCAUCAAGAAGCUGUACGACGACAUGCAGCUCGAACAGAGGUACAAGGACUACGAGGAGAAGGUGGUGGGCGAGAUCCGCGAGAAGAUCUCCAAGAUUGACCAGAGCACGGGCCUGAAGAAGGAGGUGUUUGAGGUCUUCCUGUCGAAGAUCUACAAGCGCAGCAAGUAAUGACGAUAUGACCCUGUGAUCCUGGGAUCCUAGCAUGAUAUGAUAAAGCUAGGAAUAUAGAUGACACGCGUACAAAGAGAUACAGUAGACAUACCCCUAAAUAAGACGGACGGUUUUGGAUGCUAUUUUCCAACCUGGCCCUAUUACCACCCA